GUCUCUUCUUGGCUCCCGCAGCGGGGAUGGAGGCUCUGUAUGAGGUCAAGCGUUGCUCCUAUCAGAAUCCAGGACCUGCCCCAAACGGGAAACUUCGGGAAUACUAUAUAGCAGCAGCAGAAGUGCGGUGGAACUAUGGGCCUUCCGGAUUAGACCAAAGUACUGGGAAAAGCCUGCAGGAGCCAAACAGCUCAGAGUUUAAGGAAUGCCGUGGCUGCUGGAUAAUGCAAAAAUCCAUCAUGCGCUUGUUGGUGUUCAGUUUCUCAGAGCAGUUCUUUAAGCAGAAUUCCAGUCAACCUGGGGGGACAUUUUGGAAAGCCAAAUACAUUGAAUAUACAGACGGGACUUUUCGUGUGGAGAAGAGGCGGACGGAGGAAGAAAAGCACCUUGGGAUACUCGGGCCAGUGAUCAAGGCCGAAGUAGGUGACACCAUUCAGGUGACCUUUGCAAACAAAGCCUCGUGGCCCUUCAGCAUUCAGCCCCACGGUGUGUUUUACAGAAAGCUGUCAGAAGGAACCCCAUACCAAGAUGGCUUACUCAGAAAUGGAGCAUCCGUCAAGCCAUUUGGGAACUUCACAUAUCACUGGACGGUGCCACUACAUGUUGGCCCCACAGCCUCAGACCCUCCUUGCCUGACCUGGAUGUACUCUUCUGCAGUGGAUCCCACAAGAGACACCAAUUCUGGCUUAGUGGGUCCCUUACUCAUCUGUAGGCCUGGCACUCUCAAUGAAAGAAACCAGCAGAAAGGCAUUGAUAAAGAGUUUUACCUUUUGUUUGGUGUGUUUAAUGAAAACCUAAGCUGGUAUGUGAACACUAAUCAGAAGUAUCUGAAAUACACAUUGGGGAAAGAAGAACCAUUUGAGGAUCACAUCUUCAAAGAGUCCAAUAGAAUGCAUGCCAUUAACGGAUUCCUCUUUGGAAAUUUGCCUCUCCUGGAUAUGUGCAAGGGAGACACCGUUUCCUGGCAUCUCCUGGGCCUUGGCAGUGAAACUGACGUUCACGGAGUUGUUUUCCAAGGAAAUACCAUCUUGAUGAAUGGGAUGAGGCGAGACACAGCUAGUCUCUUCCCUCACACCUUCACCACCGCCCUCAUGCAGCCCGACAACCUAGGGACUUUUGGCGUGUACUGCCAGACGAGCAACCACUAUCAGUAUGGCAUGAAAGGCCGUUACUCUGUUCAGCAGUGUGGGAAAAAGGCAUAUUUUCCAGACCAACAGUAUGGGGCAGCGAGAACCUUUUACAUCAUGGCAGAGGAGGUGGAGUGGGACUACGCUCCGGAGCGCAGCUGGGAGCUGGAAAGGCACAACAGCUCUGGAGAAGAAAGGUAUGGUGAAGUAUUUCUCAGUCGUGAGAAUGGACGAUUGGGCUCCAAGUACAAGAAAGCAGUUUAUAGGGAAUACACAGAUGGGACGUUCAAGACCCCAAAGAGCAGAACGGGUGCUGAGGAACAUCUAGGGAUAUUAGGUCCCUUUCUUUGGGCAGAAGUGGGAGAUGUUCUCAACAUAGUUUUUAGGAACAAGGCUUCGCGGCCUUACUCCAUUCAUGCCCACGGAGUCCUGGAAAAAAACAACAGGGGCUCGAAGACAGCAUUGCCUGGGGAAAUUGUAACGUAUCAAUGGGAUGUUCCUGAAAGAUCUGGUCCAGGGCCGAAUGAUUCAGCCUGUUUGUGUUGGAUCUACUACUCCACAGUGGACCGCGUCAAGGAUUUGUAUAGCGGCCUCGUUGGCCCCCUGAAAGUUUGUCGUAAAGGGACACUGGAUUCUGAUGGGAGAAGGAGAGGUGUAAGCAACGAGUUUGCCCUCCUCUUUUUGGUCUUCGAUGAAAAUCAGUCUUGGUACCUUGAGGAGAACGUGAAGACUUAUGUCCAAGGAGACUGGAACCGUUCCCACCAGCAGGACGAAGAAUUCGUGGAAAGCAACAAAAUGCAUGCAAUCAAUGGUAAAGUAUAUGCAAACCUGCCGGGGCUGAUAAUGUAUAAAGGAGACGUAGUGAACUGGUAUCUGCUGGGAAUGGGCCAGGAGAUUGACGUGCACACGGUUCACUUCCACGCUGAAACGUUCAUAUAUCGGAAUGGCAAGAGUUACAGAGCCGAUGUGGUGGACCUCUUCCCUGGGACCUUUGAAAUGGUGGAGAUGCAGGCUGGCAACCCCGGCACAUGGCUUCUUCACUGUCACGUGGCUGACCACAUUCAUGCUGGCAUGGAGACACUUUUCACAAUCCGACCCAGCCAAGAUGCAAAAUCUACAAUCAAGACUACAGAAACUUCUGAAGAGAAAAGCAUGGGGACUUCUGGAGAAAAAAGCUUCUCGCAUGACAUCGUUUUGUUUGGCUCAACACUAGACCCAGGACAUGUAGAAGCAGCAAUUAUUACUCUUGCUAUUGCCGGGAUUGUACUGUUCCUCACCGCCAGUAUCUUUCUCGGUGUGAUCAUUCACCUCAAGAGACAAAAGAGGCUGAGACGCAACAAGCGGUCUAUAUUGGAUGAAAGCUUCAAACUGAUGCGUAGUCAAAAACAUGACCUUUAGAGGACAGUGGAAGAGCUCUUGAUAGCUUUUUAGCCAGAUACAAGUGAAAAUGGCCCAGAAUAGAGUUACUAUUUUAGGAAAGUUCAAUAAGAAAUGUUACUAGCAAGUACUCCACUCUAGAUUUUAUGAUUUAAGGUUUCAGGUAUCCCAACAUUCAGAUGGAUUCCCAGAUCCUUACACUUGUAUUCAUUGAAGAAAGGGACAGAAUCUCAAGCAAAUCCAGACUGGAUGUUCAGUCAAGCACUUGGAAUCCCUCUGGCCAGCAACUUCCAUAAUCUUGUAUCAGCUUACUCCCUAUCUGGUGCUACUACCUAACCCCUGGAUCUCCUGCAUUCCUCCACUCUUGGGGCAAUUCACCCAUUCUGUGAGAUUAGCCAAUUACAGUUUCUGCAUGUUGAACAUACACCUGGCUGGGGAGGAGCAACAGACAUUGAGAAAGUUCUUUAAGAGGGCAGAGCAACUAGCAUUCUCUUGAAACAGGCUUCCACCACAAAUUGUUUUCCUUGUUUUGAACUCCUUUCAUUCCUCAGCAGUUCUUCUUUCAAAAGAACUUCUGUUUGACUAAAAUAGGACUUUCAACCCAAAAGGCCAAUGAUUAUAAAACUGAUAUAGCUUCUAACUAAAAGAAGUGGAGGAAUCAGUGUUUGGAGGUCAUGUUUGUUGACCAGCCUUUCCUAACCAGGAACUCUCCAGCUGAGUUGGGAUUGCAACUCCCAGGAUAACUGGCAUUGUGGAUGAAACAAUUGUAGACAUGGGGAGGGCAAUACUGAGUAAAGAAGCAUUUUAGUCAUUAUUUUAUUAAUGUCAAGAUGGCACAAUUAUGGGCUAGUUCAUAUCUGCAUUAUAUUGCUGGAUACCUGAUGAAAAGCAUGGCCUCAUUUCCAUCCAGAUUUUGAAAGGGGCACCAUCCCAAACUAAAGGAGCCCUUGACCAAUGCUAAGGUCAAGCCAAGGAACAAAGAACUAAAGAUUCUAUUCAUUUUGGAAGAAGAACUUAGCAAAAUUGCCAAAUGCCUUCAUAACUGAAACAGAAAGAUCCUAAUAUUUUAAAGAUCUGAAUGAAAGGUAAAUGAAACACAACAUCCAGACUGCAGGGUCUGAGAUUUAUACUCUUAAGCAUUCACCCCUGUUUGUGGUGCUCCGUUCAGGUUGCCAAAUACAUUUGGUGACAAAUCCAAGAUGAUCCUCUUUAUUUAAGACAUAUCUGUGUAGAUGGGAGAGGAGUUCAUUCAUUCUUGACUUUUUUAUAAGAAAAUACUAAAAUUUGUAGAUUUCCUCAUAAAAGUGAUAGAAACAUAUUAAGUCUAAAAAAUCUCAUGUGAGAAAAAAAAUCAUUCAUUCCGACAAAAGUUCUGAAAACUCUGAUCCCCCAAUCUGGGAAGCCCAAAGACUAGAGCACUGAAGCCUGAUAUAUUCAUGCAGCUAGUGCCUCAUCCCCCAUUCUUCAUUCCCCAUUGAACCGGCAUGCACAGAGUAGUCCAUGCGCAAAUGAAAAAUGAUUGAGGUAGUGGGGUGGGUGACAAGCUUCAGAUGACUUUACAACUUCUUAUUCCACAGGAUAUGAGAAAAUGCCAAAUGGAAAAAUCAGACAGUGGGCGUAGAAAACACUUAGUGGAUAGUAUGCUGUCUUUGGGACUGGUGCUUUGGUUCAGUCCAGGAUCCUGAAAGAUGUGCGUCUUGUCUUCCUGUCUUCUCGUUUCUCCAGAGAAAUUGCUUGGGUCAAAUGCUCUUAAGCUGCCUUAACUCUCUAGAAGUGUUAAUUAACUAAUGAGUGGGCUGCAUAGUACAGCAUGGUAUUCAGAGAGAGAGAUGAGUUUUGUCUGUGGUAUUAGAUGCAUGAUUUGGUACUCAUUCAUGCCAGUAAUUACUUGAUGUUUCAUGAUUAUAUGAAUCAGUGGGCAGAAUAUAAUUGUCUUAAAGAAAUUAGUAGCACAAGAGAGGCUGUAGCAGGUAGUCUUAGGAAGUAAAGUGAGUAGAAGGGCCAGAAUUUCCCCCUCUUGUUUCUGGCGAUUGUUUCUGUGGCCUGGAAGACUUAAGAAAUCUAAAGAACAGCUACAGUGAAAGGGUUUUCACUGUAGCUGGACCUAUCCUAAUAGAAAACCAGGAUGUCCUGCAAGAGCUUUCCCUCGUUGAAGGAGAGGUGGCCCUAACCAUGGCUUAGUCAUGUAGUGUUUUAAGAAAGAGGCAUGAAGGACUGCCUCAGACUAAAAGAAAGGUAUCUGGAAAGUAUUAGAUGGUUUUUCAUCCAGUUGUAAGAAAAGAACCUAGACCAUGCUGAUGACCAGGAACGGUGAGAGGAGGAGAAACGUCACUCAAGUUGGGUUAGAGCCCUACCAGCCAGAUGUUUGUUGGGGAGUUAAAUUGGAUUCUGAUACUGAAAAGAUAGUUGCACUCAGUGGCCUAUGGAGAAAGAAGAUAGAAUCAUUAUGCAGAGCUCUGCCAGACUCCUAGCACUAGACUUUCAAACUUCAAAUAUUAUGGACCCAUCUAAAUGAGGGAGAAAGUUGGGAAAAGAGAUUUCAAAACACAGCCACUAAGCCUUCAACAAAGUAUUAGAUCAAAGAACAUAAGAGCAUAAGCAGUGGCCUGCUGGAUCGAACCCCUUGGUCCACCCAGCUCAGCAAUCUGUUCUGACAGAGGUCAACCUGGUGCACAAGGAAGCCCACUAGGAGGGGGAAAGUCACAGUUUAGCUCUGGAAUCACUUUGGGCUGAUUUCUAUUUUAUACAGUAAUUUAUUUAAGGAAGGGAUUGCAAAAGAAAACGUACAUGAUUAAAAGACUACUGUUUCUUUGUCUGGCAUGGAGCUGUGUAAGGAAAUAUUUCUUGUCAUAAAUAUAUAUUCUUUUUACAUUCAUACACAAUGCACAUCAAAUUAAAAUGAAUCCUUUUAACUGCCCAGCAUCAGAGUCAGGCAGCGUAUAAAUUUAAUAA